AUGACAACUCAUGAUGUAAAUGCAAUUGCUGCUGAAGGCUUUGGAAAGGCAGCGAUAGUAUAUGAACAAGCGCGACCGACCUAUCCAGCUGAUGCAAUUGAUUUCAUCAAGUCACUUCAUGAUAAGCCUGACAUCCUUGUUGAUCUGGGAGCAGGUACUGGCAAACUAACACGUUUAUUAGGUUCCUUUGGUGCCCGAGAAGUCAUCGCCAUUGAACCUGUUCCGUCUAUGCGCGAAAAUCUGAAAAAUAUUCCUUUAAUUACGAAAGUACUCGAUGGAUCGGCUGAGCAUAUUCCUUGCGAUGAUCAUACGGUUGACAUCAUUAUCUGUGGUCAAGCAUUCCACUGGUUUGCCAAUCAUCGAGCACUCACAGAAUUUCGUCGAGUAUUGAAACCAAACGGCUUGUUAGUACUUAUCUGGAAUUUAACGGAUGAUCGAGAGAAUGAAUGGAGAAAAAAUAUCGAGGAAUACAUUGAUUCGUUUAGAUCAAAAGAUACACCACGCUACAAAACCAUGGAAUGGAAACAAGCAUUUGAAAAUCAGAACUUAUUUUCCCCGAUACAACAUCGCCAAUUCAGUCAUCUGCAAAGAAUCACACGUGAUUUGGCUCUAAAUCGAAUGCUAUCAACAAGUUUUAUUGCUGCAUUACCGGCUGAACAACAAGCAAACAUAGUGAACGAAGUCCGAAAAAUGCUCGACAAUAUUGAAGAAUUACGAGGAAUAGAAGAAUUCGACGUGAAGCAUCUGACUGAUGUUUAUUGGUGUUCACCAGUGCAAUCUUCGUCUUAA